GCGCUUCUCCAUGUUUGUUCAUCGUUUCAGCUUUGGAGAUGGUGCUGGAAACAAAGACUCGAUUCUUCUGGAUAAAACUUAUUUCUGAGAGUUUGAUACGACGAAGACAAUGAAGCUGUUCGUGUUUCUGCUUUGCCUUGUUCACGGAGUGUCAGCAGUGACUCACUCUCUGAAGUAUUUCUUCACUGGCUCAUCUCAAGUCCCAAACUUCCCAGAGUUUGUGGUUGUUGGUUUGGUUGAUGAAGUUCAGAUGGUUCACUAUGACAGCAACACCCAGAAAGCAGAGCCCACACAGGACUGGAUAAAGAAAUACACAGAGGAUGAUCCACAGUACUGGGAGAGAGAGACUGGGAAGUUCUUGGGUUCCCAACAGUGGUUCAAAGUCAACAUUGAAAUUGCAAAGAAGCGCUUCAACCAAACUGGAGGUGUCCACAUUGCCCAGAGGAUGUAUGGCUGUGAAUGGGAUGAUGAGACUAAUGAGGUGAAGGGAUAUGAUCAGGGUGGUUAUGAUGGAGAGGACUUCAUAUCAUUCGACCUGGAGUCAGGGCAGUUUAUUGCUCCAAAACCAGAGGGUGUCAUCACCAAACACAAGUGGGACAAUGACAAAGCUUUUAUCGCACAGGAGAAGAACUACCUCACCCAGAUUUGUCCUGAGUGGUUGAAGAAGUAUGUGAACUAUGGGAGGAGCUCUCUGAUGAGAAAAGACGUCCCCUCAGUGUCUCUCCUCCAGAAGACUCCCUCCUCUCCAGUCAGCUGCCACGCUACAGGUUUCUACCCUGACAGAGCCAUGAUGUUCUGGAGGAAAGAUGGAGAGGAGAUUCAUGAAGGAGUGGAACGUGGAGAGAUCCUCCCCAACCAUGAUGGAUCCUUCCAGAUGAAAGUUGACCUGGAUGUUUCAUCAGUGUCACCUGAAGACUGGAAGAAGUACGACUGUGUGUUUCAGCUCUCUGGUGUGGAGGACGACAUCAUCACCAACCUGGAGCCUGAAAGUGGAGGGUUCCCUACUGCUGCUGUUAUUGGAGGUGUUGUGGCAUUGCUCCUCCUGGCAGCCUGUGUAGCUGGAAUUGUCAUCUGGAAAAAACGCAGCAAUGGUGAAGAACAAAAAUAUGGGUUUAAACGCGCUAACACUUCUGACACUUCAUCAUCAUCAUCUUGACGUACAGACCCAGAGAAGGAAAAAGCUCCACUCGUAUAAAGUGAAAGGUGAGAAGUUGAAAAAUGAUGGGAUUUUUCAACUUGACCUGAAGAACGUUAUGAAAAAUAACACUUGAAUGCACCAUCAGCAAAAUAAAUUUCUCAAAUUUUAAUUUACAUCUCAAAUCAAGUUGUUUCAAUAUGUGUUUAAAUAACUACUAGAAACAUUUACUUGUGUUCAGGCUUCAUUCAUUCAUGUGUAGGUUUCUCCAACAGCUGCCAGGUUGUUUUUAACCACUAAGCGGUUGUAGAAGAUGAGGAUAAGAGAAAUGUGUUCUAGUCAUAGUGUUGUUGAGCUGUAUCAUGUCAUCAGGUGUUUUUAAUCCCUGCAUCAGCUUUUAGAGGCCAAAGAUAAGAAGGAUCACCUGCUGCUUAACGCGGACAAGACCAAAGAGAUGGUGAUUGACUUCAGGAGGAAGGGAACUGCUCCUCAGCCAGUCAGUAUUCUUGGUAGGGAUGUGGAGGUGGUGGAGUACAAAUACCUGGAAGUGACAAUCGAUAACAGACUGAACUGGAGGACCAACGGUAGCUGUGUAAAAGAAGGCCUGCAGCAGACUCUACUUCCUGAGGAAGCUGAGGUCCUUCAACGGGUGCAGUAAGAUGCUGGAGAUCUUCUACCAGUCUGUUGUGACCAGCACGCUUUUCUCUGCAACAACAGAGCUCCUUCUCCAAGACACUCAGACAACUCUGAGUCUCAAAGAACGCUACAGGAAAUCUUUCCUGCCUCCAGCCACACGCCUGUUCAACUCCUCAUCUGUAUGUGUAUGUACAGUGUGUUAUACUCUGUAUAACACACUGUACAUUAUUUAUUUUUCCUUCUUGUAUUCACUUUUUUUUCAGUUCACUUAUUUUUAUAAUUCUGUAAAUAACGUGUAUAUCUAUCUAUCUAUAAGUGGUGAAGAAAAGAGUGAAUGUUGUGUUAGAAUGAACACACAACUGUCGACACAGUCUGUAGUGCUGUUUGUCUUGAUUUUUAAUUUAAAGUUAGUUACAUAUUUCAUUGUUUACUUUCCAGUAAUUAGUAAAUUAAAUUUAUAAUUUUAUCAUUUAUUAUUAUUAAUUUGCUUAAUUAGAAAUUUUCUUGAAUCUGUUUUUAAUUGGCUCAUAUUUAUUAGUUUUUCUGGGAUCAGUUCUUUUAUUACAGUUUGUGAGUUAAAGGGAUUUGGUUGUGAUUUUAUUACUGUAAAACUUGGAUUUUGUAAAUGCUCAAAAAAUAAAGUGCUUCUGAAAACAA